GUUGCGUUCUGGCGGAGCAAUGGAGGGACGCACAAGAAACUGGAGCAAGUGAUUAAACAUAAACGUAAACAUCAAGACUUUCAAUGGAAGACUCUACAUAAGCACCAGUAAAACGCCGUCUUCAUCAUCCUGAUGGAUUUCUCCAUAGACUGUCACUGUUAAUGUUUACAUCAGCAGCAGAUCGUCUGGAUUGUGAAUCAGAUCUUCAGUAGAGGAGGACAUCUCACAGGGAAUGCCGGGAGGAGACGGCUUUCCUGAUGGAGAGCAGGAGAACUCUUCUCCAGGCCCAGACAUACAAACGGGCCAGACGGACCAAACCAGCAGCGGCCAAGAGCCCGGGACCAGCGGGAACAUUUCCGCUUCUGGAGAGGAGGAAGAGACGGAGGAGCAGAUAGGAAGGAGGAGCAGCGGAUGUGAAGAGAGCGGAGGAGAGCAGACGCAUGAGGAUGUGGACAUGAACAGCACUCACACCUCCAGCAGCGGAAACGACAGCAUUCAUCAUCAUCACCACCAUCAUCAUCAUCAUCGUCGUCACCAUCAUCAUCAUCAUCAUUCCUCCUCCAACUGCAGCCCUGGCAGCACCACAGGAUCAGGGAGCACUAAGAGCUCAAAAUCAGCCACUGGUUCCUCGUCCUCCAGCUUUCACAGCACUCAUCACACAGAAUGCGGUGAGCAGACGGAGACCGGGCGCGAGCACACACACAGAGAGAUGAUGCAUACGGUGCAGGAGAUGAAGAAGCGUCUGCCGUCUGAGAAGAGGAGCCGCAGUAAAGCCAGCACUGUGGAGGCGCUGCACUACGCUCUCAACUGUGUCAAACAAGUACAAGCAAACAGCGAGUACUACAACUUACUGAUGAGCAGCGGCCUGGACAAGAGACGGGACGCUACUGUGUGCACACUGGAGGACCUGGAAGGAUUUACCUCUGAACACACACUUAAAAACACGGUAAACCGCAGGACACAUCCUCAGAAAUAUCACGUGCUACUGGACAGACUCACAAAAACACAAUGCACUACAGGACAUACAGUUGACAUCAGAAUUGUUCGCUCUCUUGUGCAGUUUUUAAAUACUUAAAUAUUAUUUUUAACAGAGCAGAGAAUUUACACAUAACACAAUGGCUU